AUGGCUGUCGACGCAAGCAACGGCCGCCCGUCGGUGGCCGAAUACGAUCUGAUCCUUAAGCUCGCCCCACACCUCGACCGGCACCUUCUCUUCCCUCUGCUCGAGUUCGCCGCCGGGCAACUAGUCGAUGAGGAGACCAACGAGGUUAAGGACCCCGCCAAGGCGCGCGAGAUCACCCAGGCCAAGUAUGCACUGCUCAAGAAGACCAACAUGACCGACUAUGUCGCCAACCUUUACUGCGAGCUGGAGGGCGUUAAGGACGCCCCAGCCGAGUUCGCCGAGAGGAAACAGAAGGUUGUCGGCCAGCUGGAGAAGCUGGAGAAGGAGACGAGCAAGAUUAGGGAGCUCCUUGAGCGCGACGAUGUCGUCGACAAGCUGCGCAGCGACAAGGUGGCCAACUUGGAGUACCUCAAGGGCACUCACCAGGUCACCAUCGAGAUGGUUAACGCCCUUUUCGACUUCGGCAACCUUCACUACAGCUGCGGCAACUACGGCGACGCCUCCGAGCUUCUCUACCGCUUCCGUGUUCUGUCGACCGAUAACGACAAGGUUUCCUACGCGACAUGGGGUCGAUUGGCCUGCGAGAUUCUGACUAUGAAUUGGGAGUCCGCCAUGGAGGAGUUGCAGAAGGUUAAGGAGCUGAUCGACUCGAAGUUGUCCCAGAACGCUGUUGCGCAGCUGCAACACCGCACUGCCCUUGUGCAUUGGGCUCUCUUCCCCCUCUUCAACUAUGACAAGGCGCGUGAGCCUAUUCUCGACCUCUUUAUGAGCCCGGCCUACAUCAACUCGAUCCAAGCUUACACUCCCUGGAUUCUGCGGUACCUGACCGUGGCCAUUGUGACGGCCCGCGGCCGGGUCAAGAACUCCGGUGUCCAGCAGAAACACCUCAAGGACAUCGUCCGCAUCAUCAAGCAGGAGGCGUACGAGUACCAGGACCCCGUGACACAAUUCAUCCACGCCCUCUUCAUCGACUUCGACUUUGAGGAUGCCAAGCAGCAGCUGGUUCUCGCCGAGGAGGUCUGCCGCAGCGACUUCUUCCUGCUGGCGCACGCCAGCGAGUUCGUCGAGAACGCGCGCAUUCUCAUGUUCGAGAGCUACUGCAAGAUCCACGCGCGCAUCUCUUUGCGUGAACUGUCCGGCCUGCUCGGCCUGACCGCCGACGCGGCCGAGAAGCAUAUCGUCAACUACAUCCGCGACACGAGGCUCGAUGCCAAGAUCGACUACAAGGAGGGCACCGUCGUCAUGAACCACCCGCCUAGUUCGGUAUACCAGCAGGUCAUCGAGAAAACCAAGGGCGGCUUCUUCCGCACACAGGUCCUCUCCGCUGCCGUGGGCAAGUAG